AUGCCUGCAUCUGUGUGGUUAGUGCAGCAGCAGCAGCAGCAGCAGCAGCAGCAGCAGCAGCAGCAGCAGCAGCAGCGGGAGGGGGAGGGGGAGCAGCAGCAGGAAGAGGAGAGGGAUGCAGCAACUGCCUUGAGAGAAAAUAAAAUACAAAUUCGGCUGCUGCAAACCCUCGUUGGACAUGAACACGAGGUGAAGGGGGUGGGGUGGAGCCGCUCGGGUUGUUUCUUGGCGACGUGCAGCAGAGACAAAACAAUAUGGAUUUAUAAGAGAGUGCAGACAGACACAGAAGAGCAGCAGCAGCAGCAGCAGCAGCAGCAGCAGCAGCAGCAGCAGCAGCAGCAGCAGCAGCAGCAUGAUGAAGAGGAAGAAGAGGAGUUUGUCGUUGCUUCAGUUUUAACCGGUCAUUCUCAAGGGGCCAUCCCACUUGUAGUUCAUAUUCUAUGGGUGAUGCUGAAGACAUUGCGGGGGCACGUGUAUGGGCCUAGGGGUGAUGCUGAAGACAUUGCGGGGGCACGUGGUGAUGCUGAAGACGUUGCGGGGUCACUCAUCGACGGUGUGGGCGUUGGACUUCUCUGGGGACGGCAGCCGCUUGUUUUCUGCAUCAGGGUUUGCCCCCGGGGGGGCGCAGCAGCACCAGCAGCAGCAGCAGCAGCAGCAGCAGCGCCAGCAGCAGCAGCAGCAGCAGCAGCAGCAGCAGAAGAAGAAGAAGAUACACUGCAGCAGCAGCCAGAGGAAUGGAGGUGUUUAGCUUCGGUGCAGGGGCAGCAUACGCCGCGGGCUGAGCGUAUCGCAGUGGUGUGUGGCUCCGUUUCUUCGUCCGUUGUCAGCAGCAGCAGCAGCAGCACCAGCAGCACCAGCAGCAGCAGCAGCAGCAGCGCCAGCAGCAGCAGCAGCAGCAGCAGCAGCAGCAGCAGCAGAAGAAGAUACACUGCAGCAGCAGCCAGAGGAAUGGAGGUGUUUAGCUUCGGUGCAGGGGCAGCAUAA